UGGGGCUAGAAAAGAAAAGAAACAUGAUAAAGAGAAACAGAAGAAACAUCAAGAUCAAAUGUCUCUUGACACUGAAAACGAAAAGCAGUACAGACCUGCACGACUCAAGAGUUUUGUUGGUGGAAAUCUCAAGCUUAAGGAGAAGGCUCCUGAUGAGGAGGUUGCUGGGGUUAGGAACCAAGAGAAGCAUAAGAAACAUCAAGUUCAAAUGUCUCUCGUCACUGAAAAUGAAAAGGACCUCGCAGCUGGUAGCAAGGGGAAAGAAUCAGAUGCUCAUCAAGAAACAUACUGUGAUGAUUUUUUAGGCAAAGAAGUGCCAGUGAAAGAAGUAGAAGGCAAAAGAGGGGGUUGUGCCGUUUGUGGCAAGUGGGAUCACUAUAAUUACCGUUGCCCAUGCCUAAAAUAUUUUCGCAAAGGUACUGAAAUUGGCGUCCAGUAUGAAACAAUAUGUCGGGGUUGUCAUCGGAUUGGAGAAGUGUGCUGUCCUAAGAAGGGAGGAUAUGCUCUUUUGAAGGAGUGUGGGUACUGUUACGAUAUCGGCCACUGGGAGUGGGAGGACUGUGAACAGUGUAGUAGACCCAAAGAUAAAGUCUAUAAGAAACCUGAAUUCCUUAGUGACAAAGAGGAAGAGGAUCCAGAAUCCAUUAUCCACCCUGAAAUAAUCUUUUAUCCACCCAGUGGAUGAAUGGCAACGGAGAGAAUGCCUGAGCUGUGAUGGCUCUCCAGUAUCACCUUCACAACCUCCAUGCCUCACCUUUUAG